GGGAGCCGCAUUGUUUAUCUCUUGCCGAAGUCGCGCACCGGCCGCCGGAGGUGGGAAUCUGUUGCUCCUGUGGAAGAAUGUCCUGCAGGAGUGUGUGCUGCAGCCGCUGGUCAUCUGAGGAGAGGCUGGAUGGGAAAACAGUCAUCAUCACUGGAGCCAACACUGGGAUUGGCAAGGAAACCGCCAGGGACCUGGCAAGGAGAGGUGCCCGGAUCGUCAUGGCCUGCAGAGACUUGGAGAGAGCGGAGGAGGCCCGCACCGACAUUUUAGAAGACACGGGCAACGAGAACGUGGUCAUCAGGAAACUGGAUCUGUCGGACACCAAGUCCAUCAGAGCUUUUGCAGAACUCAUUAAUAAAGAGGAGAAACAGGUGAACAUCCUGAUAAACAACGCCGGCAUCAUGAUGUGUCCCUACUCCAAGACUGCAGACGGGUUUGAAAUGCAGUUGGGAGUCAAUCAUUUGGGUCACUUCUUGUUGACCCACCUGCUCCUGGACCUCAUCAAGCGUUCAGCUCCGGCCCGUAUCGUCGUCGUGGCUUCAGUCGCUCACACCUGGACGGGGCUCCGGCUGGACGACAUCAACAGUGAGAGGAGCUACGACACCAUGAAGGCCUACGGGCAGAGCAAGCUCGCCAAUGUCCUGUUUGCACGUUCACUGGCCAAAAAGCUGCAAGGCACAGACGUGAGCGUCUUCUCGCUGCACCCGGGGGUGGUGCAGUCCGACCUGUGGAGGCACCAGCACCAGUGUAUUCAGGUGGCGGUGAAGAUCUUCCGGGUUUUCACCAAGACGACGGUGGAGGGAGCGCAGACCACCAUCUACUGCUCUGUGGAGAAAGGCCUGGAGGGCCUGAGCGGCGGCUACUUCAGUGAUUGUGCCCCCGCCAGGUGCUCGAGAGCUGCUUCUGACGACGACUUGGCCCAGAAACUUUGGGAGGUCAGCUGCAACAUGCUGGGCAUCACCUGGCAGUGAAUAGCAAGCAACCCCAAAAAACCGGGCUCUGUAUAAAAUGUCAACUUCAAAACAGCACUGUUAAGCACUUUUGUAAUCCCAUUUGUUAUACUGUUGCUGAAAAGA